AUGCAUCAUAAAUCAAAACCUAUCACCGGCUCCGGCUCCGUCACUAACGCAAUCGAGAUUGUCUGCACGACGUGCUAUAUCAAGGGCAAAGCAACCUCCAAGUUCACUAUUGACGAGGAGUUCAAUGCUACUCAGGCCAUUCAAAAUUUUACUCGGGAUGUUAUUGAUGAGGUUUCUGGUCUCGGUAGACAAGCUAUCGACUAUGUGGAUCAAUAUAUUGAUACUGUGAAAGCGAAUCUUGAUGACGGCUUUGAUAUCGAAGACUUUGACUUACCGCCUAUUAACCUCGAUUUCAACGUUGACCUACCUGAAAUCCCGGAGUGUCACCUUCAGUUUAAUUUCGAAGAUCUGGAUAUAUAUAUUCUUCUCGAUACAAUCCUUACUACUAGCGCCACGUAUAAGCUCAACUUGUAUACUUCUAACACGCCAAUCGGCCUAGGCAUUGGCGAUGACUUAACUAUUGGCGUUAUAUUCUCAAUAGAUUUAAUCCUUAGUGUUGACGGCGAGAUCGACAUCAGCUCAGGGUUUCAUCUCAAACUUGAUGAGGGCGUCUCUCUAGACAUUGCUCUUUUUCAGAUGAUGUAUCUGGGAUUACACUGUGACCAUGACGGCCAGUUCGAGUUCCUUCCUAUCACCCUCGAAAGCGCCGGAGUGAUUUUCAAAGCAGUCCUCCGCCUCGGCGCCCGUGCAGGUUUUGAAGUCUCGAGCCCCGCGCUUGAGUUUGCUAGCUUUGACAUCCUAAAAGCCAGUGCGGGCGUGCAGAUAGGCGUGUAUGCUAACAUAGCCGAGUUCGUCACGAAUGUCACCGCUUCACAAACCGGCGAUGAGAAUGAGGAUUGUCACCUACGAAUCGAGGAGUCGUACCAGCUUGCGCUCGGCGCACAUGCUGGUGCUUCUGUUGCACUUGCUGGCCAUACAUGGGGCCCCGUUCCGGAGACAGAAAUCCCCAUUUUCUACACAACAAUGAAUGCUUGUGCUAUUCAGAAGAGUGCCGCGAGGACGACGGCGGCGGGUCGUACUACAACAAAGGCCAUUGAGGUCAGGCAAGAUGAUGAGGGGCUGAGCACGGCGACUAAGAAGACAAAGGUUGUAUAUGAAGGCGUAGCCUGCCUAUCCGAGGGAAUGGCAAACUGUCCUGCCUCUCUUCAGACUACAUCGAAGUAUACUACGACAGAAACCCUCACUACGGUAGUACCAUCCGGGGCCAGUGUAGUAUGGGCCGAAUCAGUCUUUAGCACCAUUGCCAGCACCAUGCCGUUUGGAUCAGCCGUCCAAAAACUCGCCGCCACUUCGGGAACCCCAGUCUCUUACAUACCCCCUACACCGACCUCCACUAGCCGUAGUGAGGAGGAUGACAAAACGACUACCCCUGGAAUCCUCGAGGGUAAGACCGGUGGGCUUUCAAAUAAACUGAUAAUCGGUCUAAGUGUCGGGCUCGGCGUACCCAUUCUCAUCGCUAUUACUGGCAUCAUCGUAUUCUGUAUUAAGAAAGAAGAUAUGAGCCUGUCCGAACUGGCCCGGCUCUAG